GAAGCGGGCGCCGUCGCAUCGCAGUGCCUCUCAGUCAGCGAGUCCCGCGCGGUCCGUCUCUUCCCCUCACCCCUCCCUCCGCCGCCUUGCAUGCCGCGCGCUGCCGCCCCCUGCCGCCUCUACCUGUCCCCAGCCGGCCCCACCUAAGGCCUCGGCCGCCCGCCGCCGCCUCCUCCGCCUCCUCGUCAGGAGCAGCGCCUCCCGUUCUCCCUCUCGUCCCGCUCGCCCGUGGCCGGAGCCCUUGAUGUGGUUCGGGGCCCGGCGGGGAAAAGAUGCCGCCGUCCAAGUCCCGUAAGAUCGCCAUCCUGGGCUACAGGAGCGUCGGGAAAUCAUCGUUGACGAUUCAGUUUGUGGAAGGCCAGUUCGUUGAUUCAUAUGAUCCUACCAUAGAGAACACAUUCACAAAGCUGAUUACAGUAAAUGGGCAGGAAUAUCAUCUUCAAGUAGUUGACACAGCUGGCCAAGAUGAAUACUCAAUAUUUCCUCAGACGUACUCCAUAGACAUUAAUGGAUACAUUCUUGUUUACUCAGUCACAUCAAUAAAAGACAUAAGUGUAGGUGAUUCUAACUUCCUUUUGAGAGCAGCAGACUGA